AUGGCGGGGGAACAUCGACCUGCUGACGCAUCUGUAGCUUUCAGGUCCGUCAUGUCCAACAGACUGUCGCUGGCGAUCGAGACUCUGGUGGGGGUGUUCCACGAGUACGCUUCCAAAGACGGGGGCCGCGGACGGUAUGAAGGGAACUGCAUGGACCAGUUCACACUGAGCAAGAGGGAGUUCAAGGAGCUGCUGCUGAAGGAGCUCAAGAUGGACAACGUCAGAGACCCGGCCAAGCUGGAGGUGCUGAUGAAGGACCUGGACGACAACGGAGACGGGCAGCUGGACUUCCAGGAGUUUGUGGUCAUGGUCGUCACGAUGGCGAGUCUGUGCAACGACCUCCUGCUGAAGAACCUGACCGACAACUGA